AUGAAACUUAUUAGAAAAUAUUUAAUUGCGAGUACAAGAAAAGUAAUAUUUUCUAAUGAUAAUAAAGGCGUUAAUAUUACUGAAAGCGUUUCGCCACCUGAAGACGUCAGUAGUAAAGGUGACUGGCUUAUUCACACUGAAUCCAGUAUAGGUUCAAAUGAUACAAAUCAGCAUGUGUUAAUUAGUUACAGUCAUGAAGAGAAAGAUGUGGCAAUUAAUUUGGUGCAAUUAUUACAAGAGAAAGGUUACAAGGUAUGGGUUGACUAUAAAGACAUGCUACACGAAAUUGAUAUUAUGGAUGGUAUGGCUAAAGCUGUGGAGAAUUCAUUUGUCGUUUGCAUUCUCUAUUCGAAAUCUUAUAAGGAAAGCUUUAACACAAAAUGUGAGGCUCAAUAUGCUUAUCAUGAAAAGAAACCGCUGAUUUUUCUACGUGUAGAACGUGGAUAUGUUCCUAAUGGUUGGUUAGGCUUUAUGAUGGGUACACGUUUGUAUAUUGAUAUAUCAGGGAAAUAUCCAUUUGAAGAGAAAUUUGUUGAUUUAUGUCAAAGAAUUGAUGCAUAUAAACAGAUUUCAGGCGAUCAAACAUAUUAUCAGUCUCAGGAUAAAAUACCAGAGACAAGAGUUGCACAAGAAACUCAAUGUUCCCGUGGUUGA